UAAAAUUCUGUAUAUGAGAAUAAUGUUGGAGUUUAAUUUACUACAGACUAAACAACUUUAGAUGCUGGAGUGUUUGUGUUUUGAAUUUCACACAUUUAGAAAAUAUUAUUAUUUUUGAGUAUAACACUCAAAUUUUCAAUACCUGUGCUAAGAAUUUAAUACAAAAAUUACGUCGGAUAUUUGCAUAGUAUCCAAACGCCACUAGAGACAAUGGGAGAGGAGAGGAACAACGGAAUUUGGGGGACUCCCUUAUUUCGUGUGUUAAGAUGGGUUCCAGUGAUAUUUAUUGUCGUGGUGAUGUCAUGGGGCUACUAUGUGUUUGUAGUUGAAAUUUGUUUAUUUGAAAUGGAUAGCAUUUGGGAAAAGAGCUUCACACUGAUCGUCUAUCACUUGUCAUUUAUAUUUUUCUUCUGGGCCUACUUUAAAACUAUGAUAACGUGCUCCAAACCUGUUCCUCCCCAAUUCAAAAUUCCUCAAGAUGUAGUGCAUAAGAUCAAAACUAUAGAAAGUGACGAAGAGAUUUCAGAGAUUCUACAAAAAUUUACACAAAGCCGGGAGUUGACAUUAGAAACGAGAUCUAUUAAAAAUCAAAUACGUUAUUGUGAAAUAUGUUGGAUUAUUAAACCCGAUCGAUGUCAUCAUUGCAACGUUUGUGGGCGUUGCUUUCUGAAAAGUGAUCAUCAUUGCCCCUGGGUGAACAACUGCAUAGCCUUUGACAAUUACAAAUUUUUCGUCUUGUUUGUCAACUAUGCUUUCACCUACUGUUUCCUGGUCACAUGUUUAGCACUACCGUACUUUAUUCAGGCAUGGAAUGAAGAGAUCCGCACUCUUGGUCAUUAUAACAUCAUGUCUGGUUUCGCUGUCGUAUUUAUGUGGCUGAUCCUAGUGACCCCGUUAUUUUCCACGCAUUUGUACCUUCUUCCCAUGAACCGGAGCACUGUCGAGUUCUUUCACCCUGCAAUAUUUACCCAUGGUCCGGACAAGAAGGGAUUUUAUCUUGGCAUCUUUGACAACAUAGAGGAAGUUUUUGGGCGUGAUAAAAGAAAGUGGGCUUUCCCCAUAUUUUCUAGUCUAGGAGACGGCAUUACUUUUCCGACCAGGCACUCGAGAUUAAGAAGUGCAAAUGAAGAGUGUAGUCCAAUCUCUUGUAAUGCUGAUUCUGAUAAUGGGCUUGCCAAGGCGAAUCAAUUUGACGAAAUAGGAAAAGAAAACUCCAUAGUUUAACAUGAUAGGAAUGUAUGUAGAUAUGUACUUAUCCUUAGUACAGUCAGUCAUUUAGGAUUAGUCAGAUAAGUACAAUAAAUAAGCAUACGUGUAUAUGUAUGUCUUCUUCCCCA